AUGGCCGCAGAGCAAAGGAAGCUUCUAGAACAACUCAUGGGCGGCGGUCUGGCCGCCCGCACCGCACAACUCCCCCUCACCGACCCCAAAGUAUGCCGCUCGUACAUCGUCGGCACCUGUCCACACGACCUCUUCACCAAUACUAAAGCCGACCUGGGACCCUGCCCGCGCGUGCACUCCGAGCCGCUGAAAAACGAGUACGAAGCGCUCUCGGAAGCCGAAAAAAAGAAGCUAGGCUUCGAGUGGGAUUAUAUGCGGGAUCUGCAGAACCGGAUUGAGGCAUGCAAUCGGAAUAUCGAGACACUGCAGAGGAGGUUGGAGAAGACUCCUGAUGAGGUUAGGCAGACGAAUGCGCUGCUUAAAGCAAUUUCCGACCUCAGCGCAACCAUUACGAAUGGGCUGUUGGAAGUGGAAAUUCUAGGCGAGAUGGGCGAAGUUGCGCGAGCAUACGACGAGUACUACAAAGUCCGCCAGGCAAUGGUAGCGAAGGCAGAACGCGAGAAGGAGCUGAAGGCGCUCAGCGAAACCUCUGGUCCAUCCGGUCACCAGAAACUACAAGUCUGCGACGUCUGCGGCGCAUACCUCAGUCGGCUCGACAACGAUCGCCGGCUGGCGGACCACUUCUUUGGCAAGAUGCAUUUGGGCUUCGCGCAGAUGCGCAAGGCGUAUGAGGCCUUCCCCAAGGAGAUGAGGCAGCGGGCUGGUAGGGGAGGGCCGCCGCCGGUGCAUCAUGACGAGGACGGUCCAUCUGGCGGCUAUGAUAGUUGGGGGAAGGGGGGCAGAGGACGCAGGGGAGAGGGGUAUGGGCGGCGGUCGAGGAGGGGUUGGUGA